AUGUACUCAGAUUCCUUCCACCGCUCACCCUCAAGCACCUCGUCCGAAGAUCUCACGUCUGAAGCGAGCUAUGCGACCUCCUCCAGCCGCAGCUCCGUGAGGGUGCCUAAGAUGCGGUCGGGAAAGGGCCCUGUGCCCUCGCCGGCGCUUCCCAUCUUUGGAGCAUGGAACUUUCAAGCUCCAAAGAACCCGGAAGAGGCGGCGGCAGCCGCGGCGGCGGCGUCCGCAGCCGCGCGUUUGCGCGCGCCGAGCGUGCAGACAUACGAUCCCGAGAGCGACGGGGGCGUGGGAAGCGGCGGCGCGGGAUUUACCGCGAUGUUUGCGAAUAAGGGGAAGGAGAGGCGAGCCAUGCGGAUUGUGGACGGGAGAAUUAUGGAGGUUCCCAGUUGUGGUCAGCAGGCAAGCGUCACCAUCUCCUCCUCCGGAUCCUCUGAGUCUCGAUCACCCAACCGCAUCCCUCACAUACCACCCGAUCAUCCUCUCUACCACCUCUACAACUCCCCGCUCUCCGGCUCCCCGGACCGCCCUCGCGAGCCUAACUCCCAGCCUCGGCAGUCGUACCUGCCAGGUCUGGCGCUUGAGCCAAUCGCGUCCGACUCCCCUGUGCAGUCUAUCAGCUCCUCCUCUUCCUCCGCGUUUGCCCCGAGUGCUGAAGACGUUUCAUGGGAGGCAACAGCAGCAGCAGCAACAGCAGCAACAGCAGCAACAGCAGCAGCAGCACAGGCAGCAACAGCAGCAACAGCAGCAGCAGCACAGGCAGCAGCACCACCAUCAGCAGCAGAAUCAGCAGCAGCAGCAGCGCCUUCGGUAAAUCCCCUGUGGGCAGCAACAUCUGAGGCGCCUCAACAGCCGUCAAGUUCCCCACCUUCCCUCGCUGAACUGCAGGCGCUCAAGCUGAGGCUGGCUGCAGGGGAGAAUCUUUCCCCGCUGGAAAUGCAGCGACUCACUGACGGUAUAAUUGCACUCAUGUCCGCCGCUCCUGCUGCUGCUGUUCCUGCCGUUCUCGAGCAAAAACCAGCUUCGGCGAACGAGCCUGCGGGCUAUGCCCAAGCCAGUCCCCCAGCCUAUCACCCAGGCUCGUGUGGCUCAUCUGAUUCUUCCCCAGAGUCUUCCCCUCCCCGUCGGCCCAUUCGCUACUACUCCCCAGUUCACCAUUCCCCACACCGCCAUGACUCUGCUGCUAACCCGUCCUUGCUUUUCGAGGCUCCAGUUUGGGCUCGCGACGCCCCAUCAUCCGAAGCUGCGGUCAGCGACUGGGAGCAAGACGCGCAGCAGCACUCCAAGGUGCGAUUCCAAGGGGGAAUUGAGCACGCGGCUGAAGGUGCAGGAUACACUAAAAUGUUCCAGGACAGACAGGCGAGAAAGAAGAUGCAGGGAGGGGCAGGGGUUGGGGACUUUGGAAUGGAUAUGGGAGGCGAUCGGCGGGGUGCUGCCCAGCCGAGCGAGUGGAAUGCGGGAGUUGCUGCUGCUCUGGCUGGGGUUGGAAUGGGUCCCCAUCCUCCGCCUCCUCCUCCUCCUGGUGAUUAUGCUGGCACUGGUGCUGGUGUUGGUACUGGUGCGGGUGCUGGUGGUGCUCUUCCUCCUCCACCGUAUCUUGCCCAUCCUUUUGCUGCCCCUGCUGCAGGAGGGCAAGGGGGGCCACUUGUGAAUUAUUCUGCGAAUCCGGGCAUGUACAUUCCGCAGCCCCACACUGUGUUGGGAAUGAAUGGCCCUCAGCACGGCACUCAUGCAGCUGAUGCUCAUGGGGCAGAACAUGGCAGAGUUGGAAUGCGACAAAAGGUGGGUUGCGAUGCUCUCGCGAUAGCCGCAUGCCUAUUCGCCACCGGCGUGCCGUCAGCUGAAGCGUACGAUCCACUAGAUCCAACGGGCAACAUCACGAUCGUGUGGGAUGUAACGAGCUGGGCAGGCGACGGUUACAUCGCGUGGGUGAAAAUGUACAACUACCAGCACUACCGCAAGAUUGAUCCACCUGGCUGGGCGCUGACGUGGAAUUGGACGCACGGCGAAUACAUCUGGGAUUUGACGGGAGCGGUUGCGACGAAGCAAGGCGAUUGUUCUAAGCUGCAGUUCCCCGGCGGCAAGAUCCCGCACAGUUGCAUGCAGUAUCCGGUGGUGAUGGAUUUAAUGCCCGCGGACCCCUUAAAGCCCGAAGCGCCGGGCGUGUUGAAGAACUGCUGCAAGGCAGGCUACCUGGGAGCCAACAAGACCGACCCGGGACACUCGCUCGCCGCAUUCAUGAUCAACGUGGGUAAUGCCACAAGCACGGUGUGGAACUUCGUCCCUCCCGGCAAUUUCAGCCUGGGCGUGGACGGAUACAAGUGCACGGACCCCUUCCAAGUCAACUCCACCAUCUACACCGACCCUACCACGCGCCGGGAGACCCAGGCCCAAGUGACGUUCCACAUAGUCUGCACGUACAGCUCGAUUCAGAAGCGAGACCCGCCGAAGUGCUGCGUGUCGUUAUCCUCGUUUUACAACGACACGAUUAUACCGUGCGCGAGCUGCGCGUGCGCGUGCGGGAACUACUCGUCGAGCUCGAUUGUGUGUGUGCCGACGGGCGGCAAGGUGCCUUACUUGAUGUCGACGCCGAGUGGGGAUGGGCUGGAGCUGAAGACUGAUAAAACGGCCGUGGAAUGCAGCCCAGACGGGUGCCCCAUCAGCAUUCACUACCACUUCAAGCAAAAUUACGAAGGUUUCUGGAGGUCCAAGAUCACGAUCAUCAAUAGGAGCCUGUGGGACAACCACACCAACUGGAACAUUGUUGUUGAGCACCCGAACAUGGGCAAUCUGACGGACGUGUUCAGUUGGAAGGCGGAGAACAUUCUGCCCUAUGGGGUGAACAACACGGCCAUCUUCUUUGGCAUGAAGCAGUACAACGAUGUGCUCAUGCCAGCUGGCAAGGGCGGCAACGUGCAGUCGGAAAUGCUCUUUGCCAAGACGUCAGAGUUCACGUUGGAAGACGGAUGGGUCUUCCCUAGGAUCGGAAAGAAGAUUCUGAAAUCCGGCGGGAACGCGGUGGAUGCAGGCAUCGCUACAGUGCUGUGCAUGGGCGUGGUGAACCCCAUGGCGAGCGGCAUUGGUGGCGGUGCGUUCAUUCUCAUCCGCGCCCCCAACGGGUCUGCUGAGUUCAUUGACUGCCGUGAGACUGCUCCUGCUGCUGCUCACCAGGACAUGUUUGAGGGGCACGAGGAGGACAUUCGGAAUGGGGGCCUUUCAGUGGGAGUACCCGGGGAGAUUGCAGGGCUUUACCUGGCGUGGCAGCGGCACAGCAGGCUGACGUGGCGCGACCUCGUCACGCCAGCCGCUGACAUGGCAGAGAAUGGCUUCCACGUGGCAGCUUACCUGGCAAACUCCAUCGCUGCCAGCAACACCACCAUCCUCUCAGACCCUGGAUUAAGUGCUGUUUUCGCCCCGGGAGGGAAGCUUCUGAGAAAAGGAGACACCUGCUACCGCCCCGCCCUAGCAGCCACUCUUAAAGCCAUAGCAGAAAAGGGCCCAGAUGCAUUGCAUCGAGGGGAGCGUGCGAGAGCCCUAGCAAAGGAAAUCCAGGCAAUGGGAGGGAUACUGACCGAACAGGACUUGGAAAGUUUCCAGGCACAAGUGAGGGAGGUGCUUCUGGGGAAGGCGUUUGGUCUGGACUUUCUGAUGGCCCCUCCACCAUCAUCAGGGGGAGCGGUGAUUUUACAGGUGCUGAAGAUUCUCCAGGGGUAUGAGCUGCCCCUGGCGUCAGCGGGAGUGUUGGGAUUGCAUCGGGUGGUGGAGAGCUUGAAGCAUGCGUUUGCGCUGCGCAUGCACCUGGGGGAUCCCGCCUUCGUCAACGUGACGGACGUUAUUCAAGACAUGCUCUCGGAUGAGUUUGCCGCCCGGCUUCGAUCCGCCAUCCACGACAACAUCACCUUCCCGCCCGAACACUACGGCCACCCCGAGGACGAGUCAGAAGAGGACAAAAAACGCCACCCGCACCGCCACCAACUAUACGCCCAGCUAGACGACCACGGCACGUCACACACAUGUGUGGUGGAUCAGGAUAGAAUGGCAGUCUCUAUAACAUCUACAGUAAACGGCCCCUGGGGAGCGGGCAGGAUGGCAGUCCAAUCAGGGAUAGUUCUCAACAAUGAAAUGGCGGAUUUUUCGCUGCCCUGCCGGCCGGGCAGGAUCCCGAUGCCGUUUGAGCCGCCGCCCGCCCCGGCUAAUUUUAUCCGGGCAGGAAAGAGACCGUUGUCGUCGAUGGCUCCUGCUAUUGUGCUACAGGACGGGCAGCUGAAAGCUGUGGUUGGUGGAGCCGGAGGAACAGUGAUUAUUUCGGCUGUUCUGCAAGUGAUCCUGCACUUCUUUUGCCAGGGUUAUUCACCCUUUAAAGCCAUCGAUGCCCCUCGCAUCCACCACCAGCUGCUCCCCAACACGGUGUUCUACGAGGCAGGUCAUGCUCUCGACGACGGCGAGCGCAUCUCUGUGCCCAACGCAACCCUCGCUGCCUUGGCCCGCCGCAACCACUCCACCUUCCCCAUUCAAUUCGGGGGCUUCGUUCAGCUUAUCGUGCAAGACCUGGACGGCCCUAGCAGUGCUGCAAACCGUGCUGCAGCGCAAAUGUUGGACUCUGUUGGCACUGUUACAGUGCCGUCCCCUGUAACAGUGCCAUGGUCUGCAGCAGUGCCGUCCCCUGUAACAGUGCCAUCGCGUGGGCCCGGCAGGAAACUCAUUGCAGACCAGAAAGCAGCCAAGCUUGCGACGACUGAGCGAGGCUUUCCACCUCCGCUUCUUGGCCGGCUCACUGCAGUGAGCGACCCGCGCAAGGAUGGUGGUCCUGCUGGGUAUUGA